CAGCAGAACAGAGCCCUAUAUAAGGUGGUAGUGAGAGCAAGAGAGGGGGACUCCAGGACAUUGGAUAGAGGACAUCAAAAAGGGCAAACAUGGAUUUUUCAAAGCUACCCAAGCUCAUUGAUGAAGAGAGGGAGAGUAUGCUGGGAUAUGUCCACGGCGUAUCGGGUCCAGUGGUUAUAGCAUCACAGAUGGCAGGAGCAGCGAUGUACGAGCUGGUGCGUGUUGGUCACUCGGAGCUUGUAGGAGAGAUUAUUCGGCUAGAAGGAGAUUUGGCAACUGUCCAAGUCUAUGAAGAAACAUCUGGAGUAUCUGUGGGUGAUCCAGUUUUGAGAACAGGAAAACCCCUCUCUGUGGAACUUGGACCGGGAAUCAUGGGAAACAUCUUUGAUGGAAUCCAGCGACCUCUUAAAGACAUUGCAGACCUCACAAAGAGCAUUUAUAUUCCUCGUGGUAUCAAUAUAAAUGCUUUGUCACGGGAUAUCAAAUGGGAAUUUGUUCCAGAUAAAAAUAUCCGGGCUGGGAGUCAUGUGACUGGAGGGGACAUUUAUGGAUUUGUGCAGGAGAAUUCGCUCAUCAAACACAAAAUUAUGCUUCCUCCUCGCAGUUGUGGGACAGUCACCUAUAUUGCACCUCCAGGAAACUAUGACAUUUCGGAUGUUGUGAUGGAAUUAGAUUUUGAAGGUGUAAAGGAGAAGCUCUCAAUGGUUCAGGUUUGGCCUGUUAGACAGAUUCGGCCAACAGCCGAGAAACUUCCUGCCAAUUUCCCACUUCUCACUGGUCAAAGAGUUCUGGAUGCCCUUUUCCCGUGUGUACAGGGUGGAACCACGGCAAUCCCUGGUGCCUUUGGCUGUGGUAAGACGGUGAUCUCUCAGGCACUCUCGAAAUUCUCCAAUAGUGAUGUUAUAGUGUAUGUCGGUUGUGGGGAGCGUGGAAAUGAGAUGUCUGAAGUCCUAAGAGAUUUUCCGGAGCUUACAAUGGAGGUUGAUGGAAAAACUGAGUCAAUUAUGAAAAGAACAACGCUGGUUGCUAAUACAUCCAACAUGCCAGUCGCUGCGAGAGAGGCUUCUAUUUACACAGGCAUCACACUUUCUGAAUAUUUUCGCGAUAUGGGUUACAAUGUCAGUAUGAUGGCGGAUUCCACUUCUCGUUGGGCGGAAGCUUUAAGAGAAAUUUCAGGUCGUCUGGCAGAAAUGCCUGCAGACAGUGGUUAUCCUGCUUACCUUGGAGCUCGGUUGGCCUCCUUCUAUGAACGUGCUGGUCGUGUUAGAUGUCUUGGGAGUCCACAGAGAGAAGGCAGUGUCAGCAUCGUUGGGGCGGUCUCACCGCCUGGAGGAGAUUUCUCUGACCCUGUAACCUCAGCCACUCUGGGUAUUGUACAGGUCUUUUGGGGUUUGGAUAAGAAGCUUGCACAGAGGAAACAUUUCCCAUCCGUAAACUGGCUCAUUAGCUACAGCAAGUACAUGCGAGCUUUGGAUGAUUAUUAUGACCGAAAUUUCCAAGAGCUUGUUCCUCUCAGGACAAAAGCCAAAGAGAUCCUUCAGGAGGAAGAAGAUUUGGCAGAAAUUGUCCAGUUGGUUGGAAAGGGUUCACUUGCAGAGGCAGACAAGAUUACCUUAGAAGUUGCUAAACUGAUUAAAGAUGACUUCCUCCAGCAGAACGGAUAUUCAGCCUAUGACCGAUUCUGUCCUUUUUAUAAAACGGUGGGAAUGCUUCAAAAUAUGAUCGCAUUCUAUGACAUGGCACGACACGCAGUGGAAGCCACGGCUCAGUCAGAAAACAAGAUUACUUGGGCGUUAAUACGCGAAAACAUGGGUGACAUGCUGUACAAACUGAGUUCAAUGAAAUUCAAGGAUCCAAUAAAGGAUGGAGAAGCAAAGAUUAAGGCUGAUUAUGCCCAGCUGUACGAAGAGAUGCAGAAUGCUUUCCGCGGAUUGGAGGAUUGAUCAAGAUAUAGGAGCAACGAACGAAUCCACGUGAAACCUCAAGAGAUGGACAGGGCGUCUUUAGUUAGAAAGAGGACUAUUUAUCAUGAAGGGAGGCCACUGUUAUGUGUAAAUAAUUAACUUAAGGACUAUGGCUGCACAUUUCACCUGCAAAAUUAGAUGAUA